CCACUGAAGAACCAGUUGUAGCAAACGAGGUUGCAGUUGAACCCGCCGCUCCUGAACCGGUCAUGGAGGAGGAGAAUAACCCUCCAGCCAAGCCUGUAACAUCUAAGAAAGAGCCUAAGGCUAAAAAACCCGCUGCCCCCAGGAAGAAGACCGCUUCAGUUCAUCCUCCUUACUUUGAGAUGAUUAGCGAUGCAAUUGUGACAUUGAAGGAGAGAACUGGAUCAAGCCAGUACGCUAUAACGAAGUUCAUUGAGGAUAAGCAGAAGAAUCUUCCACCGAAUUUAAAAAAGCUGUUGCUGAAUCAAUUGAAGAAGUUUGUUGCUUCUGGUAAGCUGGUGAAAGUCAAGAGCUCCUACAAGCUUACAUCGGCUCGUUCUGCUGCUGCGGCUUCUAAGCCNAGUGCUAAGCCCAAGGGAGCCAAGGCGAAGCCCGCUGCAAAGCCCAAAGCUGCUGCCAAGCCCAAGGCGAAGCCCGCUGCCAAGGCGAAGCCCGCUGCCAAGGCGAAGCCCGCUGCCAAGGCGAAGCCCGCUGCCAAGGCAAAACCCGCUGCCAAGGCUAAGCCAGCUGCUAAGCCCAAGCCCAAAGCGACUGUUGCUGCUAAGCCCAGAGCUGCCGCUGCUAAGCCUAAAGCUACUCCUGUGAAGGCAAAGGCGGCGACUAAGCCAAAGGCAAAGGAGACGAAGCCAGCUAAGGUUGCAAGGACUGCUACCAGGACGACUCCAAGUCGGAAAGCAGCACCUAAGGUGGCGCCAGCCAAAAAGGAGCCAGCGAAGAAGACACCUGCUAGAAGCGUCAAGUCGCCAGCGAAGAAGGCCUCCACGAGGAGAGGGGGAAGGAAGUGAAAGAGCAGGAAUGGAGGAUUUGUUUGUGUAGGGGUAGUCCUGUAAAUUUCCUGAAUCUUGGUGGGUAAUUUGGGUAUUUUGCCCUUUGGAAGCUAUAGACAAUCGGGUUUUAAUUUUUUCUUCUUCGUCCACAAUGUUAGAUUUCUUUUUUUCUUUUAAUUCCCUGUAGGCAUUUGAAACAACAGUUCUACUGUACUGAUAUGUCAUUUGUAGUUAUGAGAUGGUUGGAGUUUAUGCCUUAUGCUUAUAAAUUAUUGUUCUCGUUCU